GCUUAUUGGGUAAACAAAUUGUUGAAUUGAAAUUAUGGAAAAUACAGAAUAUAUACGCGGUUCCUGUGAACGCUUCUGUCCUGAUGCAGAGGCUAAAAUGCGCACACAAAAGAAAUUGCUCAACUUCUUCGAGUACAAAGAUGGCCAAAAGCACGUACCCGGCGUUUUGGUCAAGGAGUUUACACGUUCCGCUGCUGAUGCUAAGGUGCCGAAAGCCAAGGAUAUGCGCACUGAGCAUUGUCUAACGAAAACUAUUGAAUAUCUGCUCAAAGACAUAUUUCUUGAUGAACGUAAACCCUACCAUUUGGUCUAUGAUUUUAUAUUCGAUCGAUUGCGAAGUGUGCGGCGGGAAAUAGUUAUACAGCAGUACAAUGCUAGACAGACUAUUCGUCUUAUAGAGCCAAUGAUCAUGUUUAUGGCCUACAGCCGCUAUCGCCUGUGUGAGGAACCGAUUGAUAAAUUUGAUCCUAAAAUUUGCAAUCAGCAUUUGCAGGAAUGUCUAAAUGUAGUGCUCUGCUCUUAUGACGAGCUGGAUGAAGAAGGACAGACUACGUCCGAGACGAAACCAACUAUACGAGAGGCAGAGCGACGUUAUUUUAUCGAGGCAUUAUAUCAAAUUUUCAAUCUUGGCACGCCCGAAGCUUUAGUACGUGGCUUAAUGCUGCCCGCUCAAGUGCGAGAGAAUGAAAACUUUAAGCUGGCAUUUAACAUCUGCCUGAAUUAUCAUCAAGGAAAUAUUUAUCGUGUAAUGAAAGGCCUGCCAAAAUUGCCGCAUAUCAUUUGCGCGGUAGCCGGUGCAAAGCUGCAAACAAUACGACGACUCCUGUUGGAAAUCUUUACGCAUGCCUACAAUAACAAACAGCUUACAGUGCCGGCCGCGUACUUGUUGCAUUUGACUUUGCUAGAACCUCAACUGCUAAAUGAACAAUGUCGGCAUUAUAGUAUAGCUCAAACUCCCGAUCGCAAAGCUUUACAUUUUAUAAAGUCUGAUUUUAAAAGCGACGUUGAGACAAUUAGAGUGCAACGGGAAACAUUUAUUGAUGAGAAAUUGUCGCGUGUUUAUCUUCCCGAGGUAUUGCUGCUGAAAAAAUUGUGGAUAUAG